CAAGCUCUGUUCCAACAACCUUGUUUGAGAAAACAGCAAUCACAACUUCCUCUACAGUAACAUCUACAGACCUAAUCACAACAGUUAUCUCCCCACAAACAACCACUGCAAUAACCACCUCCCCUUCCACAACCACUUCUCCAUCAACUCUCACUAGCACCACAAUGCCUCCAACAACAAUCACCACAAACUCUGUUCCAACAACCAUUCCAUCAACCACCACAAUAUUCACCUUCCCUUCCACAGCUAUUUCUUCAGCAACUACAGCCAGCACCACCAUGUCCUCAGAAACCAUGACUACAAGCUCUGGUCCAACAAUCUCAUCUGCAACAACAGAAACAACUACUUCGUCUUCUCUGACGUCUACAGUUCCAACUACAACAAUGACUUUACCAACAACAACUAUCACAGAAAGCACUGGGACUUCUACAACCAUGUCUUUAUCAACUAUAAGUAGCACUACAGUCCCUCCAACAACAACCAUCACCACAAACACUGGUGUAACAAACUCUCCAUCAAUUACCACAAUAAUAACCUCCCCUUCCACAUCUACUUCUCCAACAACUACAGCCAGCACUACCAUGCCUUUAGCAACCAUCACUACAAGCUCUGGUCCAACAAUCGCAUCUGAGAAAACAGCAAUCACAACUUCCUCUUCAGUGACAUCUACAGAAGCAAUCACAACAAUCUCUCCACAAGCAAAUACCACAGCAGCCACCUCACCUUCCACAACCACAUCUUCAGUAACUACAAGCAGCACCACCAUUUCUCCAACAACAUUAUCUGCACAAACAUCAACCGUAGCAACUUCCUCUUCCCAAACAUUUACAUCCCCACUCACAACAAACACCUCCCCAACAACUACCACAGGAACCACAACUCUAUUGACGACCACUUCUCCAUCAACUCUCACUAGCACCACAAUGCCUCCAACAACAGUCACCACAAACCCUGUUCAAACAUUAACUACCCUAAUAAUCACCUCCCCUUCCACAGCCACUUCUCCAACGACUACAGCCAGCACUACCAUGCCUUUAGCAACCAUCACUAUCAGCUCUGUUCCAACAACCUCAUCUGCAACAACAGCAAUCACAACUUCCUCUACAGUGAAAUCUACAGCCCCAACCACAACAAUUAUCUCACCACAAACAACUACCACAAUAACCACCUCCCCUUCCACAACCACAUCUUCAGUAACUACAAUCAGCACCACCAUGCCUCCAACAACCAUCUCUUCAACCGCCAACCCAACAACCUUAUCUGCAACAACAUCAACUGAAGCAACUUCCUCUUCCCAAACAUUUACAUCCCCACUCACAACAAACACCUCCCCAACAACUACCACUCAGUCAACUCUCACUAGCACCACAAUGCCUCCAAUAGUCACCACAAACCUUGUUCCAACAACCAUUCCAUCAACUACCACAAUAACCAUUUCCCCUUCCACAUCUACCUUUUCAGCAACUACAGCCAGCACUACCAUAUCAUCAGGAACCAUGACUACAAGCUCUGUUCCAACAACCUUGUCUGAGAAAACAGCAAUCACAACUUCCUCUACAGUGACAUAUACAGUCCCAACUACAACAAUCUCUCCACAAACAACUACCAUACUAAUCACAUCACCUUCCACAACCACACCUUCAGUAACUACAAGCAGCACCACUAUUUCUCCAACAACAUUAUCUGCACCAACGUCAACCGUAGCAACUGUCUCUUCCCAAACAUUUACAUCCCCACUCACAACAAACACCUCCCCAACAACGACCACAGGAACCACAACUCUAUUGACAACCACUUCUCCAUCAACUCUCACUAGCACCACAAUGCCUCCGACAACAAUCAGCACAAACUCUGUUCCAACAACCGUUCCAUCAACUACCACAAUAAUCACCUCCCCUUUCACAGCUACUUCACCAUCAACUACAGCCAGCACUACCAUGUCCUCAGGAACCAUCACUACAAGCUCUGUUCCAACAAUCUCAUCUGCAACAACAGAAACAUCUACUUCCUUUUCUCUGACGUCUAUAGUCCCAACUACAACAAUGACGUUACCAAUAACAACUAUCACAGAAAGCACUGGGACUUCUACAACCACAUCUUCAUCAACUAUAAGUAGCACUACAGUCCCUCCAACAACAACCAUCACCACAAACACUGGUGUAACAAACUCUCCAUCAAUUACCCCAAUAAUCACCUCCCCUUCCACAUCUACUUCUCCAACAACUACAGCCAGCACUACCAUGCCUUUAGCAACCAUCACUACAAGCUCUGGUCCAACAACCGCAUCUGAGAAAACAGCAAUCACAACUUCCUCUACAGUAACAUCUACAGCCCCAACUACAACAAUUAUCUCCCCACAAACAACUACCACAAUAACCACAUCACCUUUCACAACCACAUCUUCAGUAACUACAAGCAGCACCACCAUGCCUCCAACAACCAUCCCUACAACCCCAAAUCCAACAACAUUAUCUGCACCGACAUCAACUGAAGCAAAUGCCUCUUCCCAAACAUUUACAUCCCCACUCACAACAAACACCUCCCCAACAUCUACCACAGGAACCACAACUCUAUUGACAACCACUCCUCCAUCAACUCUCACUAGCACCACAAUGCCUCCAACAACAAUCAGCACAAACUCUGUUCCAACAACCAUUCCAUCAACGACCACAAUAACCAUUUCCCCUUCCACAUCUACUUCUUCAACUACAGCCAGCACUACCAUAUCAUCAGGAACCAUGACUACAAGCUCUGUUCCAACAACCUUGUUUGAGAAAACAGCAAUCACAACUUCCUCUACAGUAACAUCUACAGACCUAAUCACAACAGUUAUCUCCCCACAAACAACCACUGCAAUAACCACCUCCCCUUCCACAACCACUUCUCCAUCAACUCUCACUAGCACCACAAUGCCUCCAACAACAAUCACCACAAACUCUGUUCCAACAACCAUUCCAUCAACCACCACAAUAUUCACCUUCCCUUCCACAGCUAUUUCUUCAGCAACUACAGCCAGCACCACCAUGUCCUCAGAAACCAUGACUACAAGCUCUGGUCCAACAAUCUCAUCUGCAACAACAGAAACAACUACUUCGUCUUCUCUGACGUCUACAGUUCCAACUACAACAAUGACUUUACCAACAACAACUAUCACAGAAAGCACUGGGACUUCUACAACCAUGUCUUUAUCAACUAUAAGUAGCACUACAGUCCCUCCAACAACAACCAUCACCACAAACACUGGUGUAACAAACUCUCCAUCAAUUACCACAAUAAUAACCUCCCCUUCCACAUCUACUUCUCCAACAACUACAGCCAGCACUACCAUGCCUUUAGCAACCAUCACUACAAGCUCUGGUCCAACAAUCGCAUCUGAGAAAACAGCAAUCACAACUUCCUCUUCAGUGACAUCUACAGAAGCAAUCACAACAAUCUCUCCACAAGCAAAUACCACAGCAGCCACCUCACCUUCCACAACCACAUCUUCAGUAACUACAAGCAGCACCACCAUUUCUCCAACAACAUUAUCUGCACAAACAUCAACCGUAGCAACUUCCUCUUCCCAAACAUUUACAUCCCCACUCACAACAAACACCUCCCCAACAACUACCACAGGAACCACAACUCUAUUGACGACCACUUCUCCAUCAACUCUCACUAGCACCACAAUGCCUCCAACAACAGUCACCACAAACCCUGUUCAAACAUUAACUACCCUAAUAAUCACCUCCCCUUCCACAGCCACUUCUCCAACGACUACAGCCAGCACUACCAUGCCUUUAGCAACCAUCACUAUCAGCUCUGUUCCAACAACCUCAUCUGCAACAACAGCAAUCACAACUUCCUCUACAGUGAAAUCUACAGCCCCAACCACAACAAUUAUCUCACCACAAACAACUACCACAAUAACCACCUCCCCUUCCACAACCACAUCUUCAGUAACUACAAUCAGCACCACCAUGCCUCCAACAACCAUCUCUUCAACCGCCAACCCAACAACCUUAUCUGCAACAACAUCAACUGAAGCAACUUCCUCUUCCCAAACAUUUACAUCCCCACUCACAACAAACACCUCCCCAACAACUACCACUCAGUCAACUCUCACUAGCACCACAAUGCCUCCAAUAGUCACCACAAACCUUGUUCCAACAACCAUUCCAUCAACUACCACAAUAACCAUUUCCCCUUCCACAUCUACCUUUUCAGCAACUACAGCCAGCACUACCAUAUCAUCAGGAACCAUGACUACAAGCUCUGUUCCAACAACCUUGUCUGAGAAAACAGCAAUCACAACUUCCUCUACAGUGACAUAUACAGUCCCAACUACAACAAUCUCUCCACAAACAACUACCAUACUAAUCACAUCACCUUCCACAACCACACCUUCAGUAACUACAAGCAGCACCACUAUUUCUCCAACAACAUUAUCUGCACCAACGUCAACCGUAGCAACUGUCUCUUCCCAAACAUUUACAUCCCCACUCACAACAAACACCUCCCCAACAACGACCACAGGAACCACAACUCUAUUGACAACCACUUCUCCAUCAACUCUCACUAGCACCACAAUGCCUCCGACAACAAUCAGCACAAACUCUGUUCCAACAACCGUUCCAUCAACUACCACAAUAAUCACCUCCCCUUUCACAGCUACUUCACCAUCAACUACAGCCAGCACUACCAUGUCCUCAGGAACCAUCACUACAAGCUCUGUUCCAACAAUCUCAUCUGCAACAACAGAAACAUCUACUUCCUUUUCUCUGACGUCUAUAGUCCCAACUACAACAAUGACGUUACCAAUAACAACUAUCACAGAAAGCACUGGGACUUCUACAACCACAUCUUCAUCAACUAUAAGUAGCACUACAGUCCCUCCAACAACAACCAUCACCACAAACACUGGUGUAACAAACUCUCCAUCAAUUACCCCAAUAAUCACCUCCCCUUCCACAUCUACUUCUCCAACAACUACAGCCAGCACUACCAUGCCUUUAGCAACCAUCACUACAAGCUCUGGUCCAACAACCGCAUCUGAGAAAACAGCAAUCACAACUUCCUCUACAGUAACAUCUACAGCCCCAACUACAACAAUUAUCUCCCCACAAACAACUACCACAAUAACCACAUCACCUUUCACAACCACAUCUUCAGUAACUACAAGCAGCACCACCAUGCCUCCAACAACCAUCCCUACAACCCCAAAUCCAACAACAUUAUCUGCACCGACAUCAACUGAAGCAAAUGCCUCUUCCCAAACAUUUACAUCCCCACUCACAACAAACACCUCCCCAACAUCUACCACAGGAACCACAACUCUAUUGACAACCACUCCUCCAUCAACUCUCACUAGCACCACAAUGCCUCCAACAACAAUCAGCACAAACUCUGUUCCAACAACCAUUCCAUCAACGACCACAAUAACCAUUUCCCCUUCCACAUCUACUUCUUCAACUACAGCCAGCACUACCAUAUCAUCAGGAACCAUGACUACAAGCUCUGUUCCAACAACCUUGUUUGAGAAAACAGCAAUCACAACUUCCUCUACAGUAACAUCUACAGACCUAAUCACAACAGUUAUCUCCCCACAAACAACCACUGCAAUAACCACCUCCCCUUCCACAACCACUUCUCCAUCAACUCUCACUAGCACCACAAUGCCUCCAACAACAAUCACCACAAACUCUGUUCCAACAACCAUUCCAUCAACCACCACAAUAUUCACCUUCCCUUCCACAGCUAUUUCUUCAGCAACUACAGCCAGCACCACCAUGUCCUCAGAAACCAUGACUACAAGCUCUGGUCCAACAAUCUCAUCUGCAACAACAGAAACAACUACUUCGUCUUCUCUGACGUCUACAGUUCCAACUACAACAAUGACUUUACCAACAACAACUAUCACAGAAAGCACUGGGACUUCUACAACCAUGUCUUUAUCAACUAUAAGUAGCACUACAGUCCCUCCAACAACAACCAUCACCACAAACACUGGUGUAACAAACUCUCCAUCAAUUACCACAAUAAUAACCUCCCCUUCCACAUCUACUUCUCCAACAACUACAGCCAGCACUACCAUGCCUUUAGCAACCAUCACUACAAGCUCUGGUCCAACAAUCGCAUCUGAGAAAACAGCAAUCACAACUUCCUCUUCAGUGACAUCUACAGAAGCAAUCACAACAAUCUCUCCACAAGCAAAUACCACAGCAGCCACCUCACCUUCCACAACCACAUCUUCAGUAACUACAAGCAGCACCACCAUUUCUCCAACAACAUUAUCUGCACAAACAUCAACCGUAGCAACUUCCUCUUCCCAAACAUUUACAUCCCCACUCACAACAAACACCUCCCCAACAACUACCACAGGAACCACAACUCUAUUGACGACCACUUCUCCAUCAACUCUCACUAGCACCACAAUGCCUCCAACAACAGUCACCACAAACCCUGUUCAAACAUUAACUACCCUAAUAAUCACCUCCCCUUCCACAGCCACUUCUCCAACGACUACAGCCAGCACUACCAUGCCUUUAGCAACCAUCACUAUCAGCUCUGUUCCAACAACCUCAUCUGCAACAACAGCAAUCACAACUUCCUCUACAGUGAAAUCUACAGCCCCAACCACAACAAUUAUCUCACCACAAACAACUACCACAAUAACCACCUCCCCUUCCACAACCACAUCUUCAGUAACUACAAUCAGCACCACCAUGCCUCCAACAACCAUCUCUUCAACCGCCAACCCAACAACCUUAUCUGCAACAACAUCAACUGAAGCAACUUCCUCUUCCCAAACAUUUACAUCCCCACUCACAACAAACACCUCCCCAACAACUACCACUCAGUCAACUCUCACUAGCACCACAAUGCCUCCAAUAGUCACCACAAACCUUGUUCCAACAACCAUUCCAUCAACUACCACAAUAACCAUUUCCCCUUCCACAUCUACCUUUUCAGCAACUACAGCCAGCACUACCAUAUCAUCAGGAACCAUGACUACAAGCUCUGUUCCAACAACCUUGUCUGAGAAAACAGCAAUCACAACUUCCUCUACAGUGACAUAUACAGUCCCAACUACAACAAUCUCUCCACAAACAACUACCAUACUAAUCACAUCACCUUCCACAACCACACCUUCAGUAACUACAAGCAGCACCACUAUUUCUCCAACAACAUUAUCUGCACCAACGUCAACCGUAGCAACUGUCUCUUCCCAAACAUUUACAUCCCCACUCACAACAAACACCUCCCCAACAACGACCACAGGAACCACAACUCUAUUGACAACCACUUCUCCAUCAACUCUCACUAGCACCACAAUGCCUCCGACAACAAUCAGCACAAACUCUGUUCCAACAACCGUUCCAUCAACUACCACAAUAAUCACCUCCCCUUUCACAGCUACUUCACCAUCAACUACAGCCAGCACUACCAUGUCCUCAGGAACCAUCACUACAAGCUCUGUUCCAACAAUCUCAUCUGCAACAACAGAAACAUCUACUUCCUUUUCUCUGACGUCUAUAGUCCCAACUACAACAAUGACGUUACCAAUAACAACUAUCACAGAAAGCACUGGGACUUCUACAACCACAUCUUCAUCAACUAUAAGUAGCACUACAGUCCCUCCAACAACAACCAUCACCACAAACACUGGUGUAACAAACUCUCCAUCAAUUACCCCAAUAAUCACCUCCCCUUCCACAUCUACUUCUCCAACAACUACAGCCAGCACUACCAUGCCUUUAGCAACCAUCACUACAAGCUCUGGUCCAACAACCGCAUCUGAGAAAACAGCAAUCACAACUUCCUCUACAGUAACAUCUACAGCCCCAACUACAACAAUUAUCUCCCCACAAACAACUACCACAAUAACCACAUCACCUUUCACAACCACAUCUUCAGUAACUACAAGCAGCACCACCAUGCCUCCAACAACCAUCCCUACAACCCCAAAUCCAACAACAUUAUCUGCACCGACAUCAACUGAAGCAAAUGCCUCUUCCCAAACAUUUACAUCCCCACUCACAACAAACACCUCCCCAACAUCUACCACAGGAACCACAACUCUAUUGACAACCACUCCUCCAUCAACUCUCACUAGCACCACAAUGCCUCCAACAACAAUCAGCACAAACUCUGUUCCAACAACCAUUCCAUCAACGACCACAAUAACCAUUUCCCCUUCCACAUCUACUUCUUCAACUACAGCCAGCACUACCAUGUCCUCAGCAACCAUGACUACAAGCUCUGUUCCAACAACUUUGUCUGAGAAAACAGCAAUCACAACUUCCUCUACAGUAACAUCUACAGACCUAAUCACAACAAUCUCUCCACAAACAACCCCUGCAAUAACCACCUCCCCUUCCACAACCACUUCUCCAUCAACUCUCACAAGUACCACAAUGUCUCCAACAACAGUCACCACAAACCUUGUUCCAACAACCGUUCCAUCAACCACCAAAAUAACAAUUUCCCCUUCCACCGCUACUUCUUCAGCAACUACAGCCAGCACUACCAUGUCCUCAGGAACCAUGCCUACAAGUUCUGGUCCAAUAACCUUGUCUGCAAAAACAGAAACCACAACUUCCUCUACAGUAACAGCUACAGACCUAAUCACAACAAUCUCUCCACAAGCAACUACCACAAUAACCACCUCCCCUUCCAUAACCACACCUUCAGUAACUACAAGCAGCGCCGCCAUUUCUCCAACAACAUUAUCUGCACCAACAGCAACCGUAGCAACUGCCUCUUCCCAAACAUUUACAUCUCCACUCACAACCAACACCUCCCAAACAACUACCACAGGAACCACAACUCUAUUGACAACCACUUCUCCAUCAACUCUCACUAGCACAACAAUGUCUCCAACAACAAUCAGCACAAACUCUGUUCCAACAACCGUUCCAUCAACCACCACAAUAAUCAUUUCCCCUUCCACAUCUACUUCUUCAGCAACUACAGCCAGCACUACCAUGUCCUCAGGAACCAUCACUACAAGCUCUGUUCCAACAAUCUCAUCCGCAACAACAGAAACAACUACUUUGUCUUCUCUGACAUCUACAGUCCCAACUACAACAAUGAUUAUCACAGAAAGCACUGGGACUUCUACAACCACGCCUUUAUCAACUACGACUAGCACUACAGUCCCUCCAACAACAACCAUCAACACAAACCCUGGUGUAACAAACUCUCCAUCAAUUACCACAAUAACCACCUCCCCUAUCACACCAUCUUUUGUAUCAACUAGUACUAGCACUACCAUGCCUCCAACAACUUUAUCUGCACCAACAUCAACUGAAGCAACUUUCUCUUCCCAAACAUUUACAUCCCCACUCACAGCCAACACCUCCCCAACAACUACCACAGGAACCACAACUCUAUUGACGACCACUUCUCCAUCAGCUCUCACUAGCACCACAAUGCCUCCAACAACAGUCACCACAAACCCUGUUCAAACAUCAACUACUCUAAUAAUCACCUCCCCUUCCUCAGGCACUUCUUCCCUGACUACAGCCAGCACUGCCAUGCCCUUAGCAACCAUCACUAUCAGCUCUGUUCCAACAACCUCAUCUGCAACAACAGCAAUCACAACUUCCUCUUCAGUGACAUCUACAGUCCCAACUACAACAAUUAUCUCUCCACAAACAACAACCACAGUAGCCACCUCCCCUUCCACAACCACAUCUUCAGUAACUACAAGCAGCACUGCCAUUUCUCCAACAACCAUCUCUUCAACACCUUUUCCAACAAAAUUAUCUGCACCAACAGCAACCGUAGCAAAUGCCUCUUCCCAAACAUUUACAGCCCCACUCACAGCCAACACCUCCCCAACAACUACCUCAGGAACCACAACUCUAUUGACAACCACUUCUCCAUCAACUUUCCCUAGUACCACAAUGUCUCCAACAACAGUCACCACAAACUCUGUUCCAACAACCGUUCCAUCAACUACCACAAUAAUUAUUUCCCCUUCCACAGCUAUUUCUCCAACAACUACAGCCAGCACUACCAUACCCUCAACAACCAUCACUAUCAGCUCUGUUCCAACAACCUCGUCUUCAACAACAGAAACAUCUACUUCCUUUUCUCUGACGUCUAUAGUCCCAACUACAACAAUGACGUUACCAAUAACAACUAUCACAGAAAGCACUGGGACUUCUACAACCACAUCUUCAUCAACUAUAAGUAGCACUACAGUCCCUCCAACAACAACCAUCACCACAAACACUGGUGUAACAAACUCUCCAUCAACUACAAACAAAACAACUACUGCAAUAACCACCUCCCCUUCCACAACCACAUCUUCAGUAACUACAAGCAGCACCACCAUUUCUCCAACAUUAUCUGCACCAACAUCAACUGAAGCAACUUCCUCUUCCCAAACAUUUACAUCCCCACUCACAGCCAACACCUCCCCAACAACUACCACAGGAACCACAACUCCAUUGACAACCACUUCUCCAUCAACUCUCACUAGCACCACGAUGCCUCCAACAACAAUCAGCACAAACUCUGUUCCAACAACCGUUCCAUCAACUACCACAAUAAUCACCGCCCCUUCCACAGCUAUUUCUUCUACAGCCAGCACUACCAUUCCCUCAGCAACCAUCACUAUCAGCUCUGUUCCAACAAUCUUAUCUGCAACAACAGAAACAACUACUUUGUCUUCUCUGACAUCUACAGCCCCACAAACAACAAUGACGUUACUACCAACUACCACAACACCCAUCUCUUCCACCACCUCUACAAUGCCUCCAACAACAAUCACCACAAACCCUGUUCAAACAUCAACUACCCUAAUAAUCACCUCCCCUUCCUCAGGCACUUCUUCCCUGAUUACAGCCAGCACUGCCAUGCCCUUAGCAACCAGCACUAUAGGCUCUGUUCCAACAACCUCAUCUGCAACAACAAAAACCAGUACUUCCCCUUGUCUGACAUCUACAGACCCAACUACAACAAUGACAUCACCAACAACACCCAUCACAGAGAGCACUGGCACUUCUACAACCACGUCUUCAUCAACUAUAACCAGCACUACAGUCCCUCCAACAACAAGCAUCACCACAAACCCUGGUGUAACAACUUCCACAUCAUUUACCACAAUACCCACCUCCCCUUCUACAACCACUCCCUCAGCAACUACCACAGGCACUACCAUGACACCAGCAACAACAGUUUAUUUCACUCUGACAUAUACAGUCCCAGCUUCAGCAAAAACCUCUCCACCAACAACUACUACAAUAACCACCUCACCUUCCUCAACCACAUCUACAGUAACUACAAGCAGCACCACAAUGUCUCCAACAACAAUCAUCACCACAAACCCUGUUCCAACAUCCUCUUCAUCAACUACCCUAAUAAUCACCUCCCCUUCAUCGGCCACUUCCUCCCUGACUACAACCAUCACUGUAGGCUCUGUUCCAACAAUAUCAUCUGCAACAACAAAAACCACUACUUCCCCUUGUCUGACAUCUACAGCCCCAACUACAACGUUACCACCAACAACUAUCACAGACAACACUAGCACUUUUACAACCACGUCUUCAUCAACUAUGUCUAGCACUGCAGUCCCUCCAACAACAAGCAUCACCACAAACCCUGGUGUAUCAAUUACUUCAUCAGUUACCACAAUACCCACCAUGCCUCCAUUAACCAUGACCACCGCUCCUAUCACAGCCACCUCGUCUGCAACACCAGUAACCACAGCAACUCCUUUCCUAACAUCUACUCCUCCACCCCCAACAAUUACCACCCCACCACCAACUACCACAAUAAUAUCCCUCCAUUCCACCAACAGUUCUCCAACAACCAACAGUAGCAACGGACUGCCUGUAAUAGCAAACACUUCUCCAACAACAAUUACUACAACCACCAUUCCAGCAACAACCUCAUCUGCAACAACAGCAACCACCACAUCCACUCCUUUUAUAUUAACAUCAACACCGCCAACAAACACUUCUGCACCAGCUACCACAAGCACUACAGUUCCACCAACACCAAUCAUUACUACGACCCCUAUUUUAACAACCUCAUCUGCAACAACACCCAAUACCACUAACAUUACACCAAAUACCACUACCACUACACCCAAUACCACUACACCAAGUACCACUAACACUCCACCAAAUACCACUAACAUUACACCAAAUACCACUACCACUACACCCAAUACCACUACACCAAGUACCACUAACACUCCACCAAAUACCACUAACAUUACACCAAAUACCACUAACACUCCACCAAAUACCACUAACACUACACCAAAUACCACUACCACUACACCAAGUACCACUAACACUCCACCAAGUACCACUAACACUACACCCAAUACCACUAACACUACACCAAAUACCACUAACACUCCACCAAAUACCACUAACACUACACCAAAUACCACUAACACUACACCAAAUACCACUAACACUCCACCAAAUACCACAAAUGCUACAAUGCCUGUAACAACAACCACUUCCCAAACAGCAAUUCCUACAACCCCAGUUUCAGCAAAGACAAUCUUAUCUGCAGCAGCCACGUCCCAUUUAAUAUCAACCUCUACACUCUUACCUACCAAAAAAUCCACCUCACCUUCACCAGCUUCCAUUGUCACUACCAUGUUUCAAACUGUAACUACAUCUCCAACAACAACCACAACACAGUCUAAAACAACAGCAUCCAACUUCCUUUCUCCACCAACUACCACAAGCACUAUUAUGGCAACACAAAAAAACACCACCACCGCAACAACGAUCAGGACCGUCACAACUUUACCAGUUCCAAAAAAUUCUACACCAACUUCAGUCACCAGCAAAACAACCUCUUUACCACGAACUCCUGCAAGAACUACCCCAGCCCAGUCACCUAUAACUGGUCAACCAUUACCGACUCCAGCACCAAACUUAACCACAUUCGCUCAUGCAGUGGUUCAGAUGCAGGCCUCAGCCGAACUGAGCGAUGGCACAAUCACCACCGACGUACAGAAUUUCGCCAGGUUUGUUCAGACGAAAGGAAUCAUUAAAGUUAAAGUGAAGAACAUCAAAAAAGUGACGUCAUGAGAAGCUCUUGAUAAAAAAUAACACAAAUAUUUAAUUAAUUUUUCUAUCAACUGAGGAAUGACUGAUUGGUUUUAGGAAAAUAAUAUUUACCAAGGUUAUAUUUUUAAAUAUAACCUCCAACAGGCUACCAACUAUCACCAAAACCACCUUCUACCACCAUAAACAUCAUCAUCAUCAUUACUGACGGCAUUGUCAUCAUCAUCUGAUCAUCAUUAUAAUCACAACCAACUCUAACAAUAACAACCUUCCAACAACACCAGCACUACCAUCAUCAUCAUCAUCAUCAUCAUCAUCAUCAUCAUCAUCAUCAUCAUCUUCUUCUACUUUACAACCACUGCUCCAAAAAUAGCCAAAUCUGUCUACCAACUAUUAAAAACCACCAUCCUAAUCCCUCACCUCCUAAUCCUAAUCUGCCCCGCCCCAAUGUUUUAAAUAUGUUGCAGGCUUUAAAUUAUCAUAUACUUACUAAAAUAUAUUAUAUAUUAAGAGGUUAAUAAGGUUUUAAAAAAUAAAUCUCUCUUUCUUUUUUUCAUUAACAAAAAAUCCCACACUAUACACAAAUAAUGCAUUUAAAAAAAAUAGACUAAUUACUUAAUAAAUAAAGACGCAAUAUGUAUUAUAUGUAAAGGAGGUUAAAAAAAUAAUAAUGAUAAAAAAUUGAUGAUAUAGAUCUGAUACAGAUCUAUUUGAUAUUCAGGGAUUUAAUGUAGGGGUCCUCACUGUGUUUAGGUUUGCAUGUUCUCCCUGUGUCCACUUGGGUUUACUCCCACAAGUCCAAAGACGUGCAGUCAGGCCAACUGGACCUACUAGAAAUUGCCCUAGUGUAUGUGUGUGUUUGUGUGUGUGUUAGUGUGUGUUUGUGUGUGUGUGUUAGUUUGUGUGUUUGUGUGUGUUAGUGUGUGUGUUUGUGUGUUUGUGUUAGUGUGUGUGUUUGUGUGUGUGUGUUAGUGUGUGUGUGUGUUAGUGUGUGUGUUUGUGUGUGUGUGUUAGUGUGUGUGUUUGUGUGUGUGUGUUAGUGUGUGUUAGUGUGUGUGUGUUUGUGUGUGUGUGUUAGUGUGUGUGUGUUAGUGUGUGUGUGUGUGUG